AUGGCAAAGGAAGAUGGAAAUACAAAGUCAAAGAGGAAAGAUGCAUCUUCUGCUUCACUCUCAGGAUCAGCUGAUGCCUCUGGUUUAAGAAAAUCAGGCAGAGAAACACCAUCAAAGAAACAAGCAACAGCAAGUCCUUUGUCUAAUGCUCGUAGGUCUGAACGAAUUGAGAACCACGCAACACCAAGCUCUUCUCCAAUCAAGAAGAAACAAGAUAAAAUUGAAGAACAGAUGGGGCCAAGUCCUUUGAGGAGGUCUGAUAGAAGUAAGAAACAAGUUUCACCAGAUUCUUCAGGAUCAAAGAAGUUAACUGAGGAUCCAGAUGUGGGUGGUAGGAAAAGGAAGAGGAUGACUGUUCGUGGUUAUAAAGCUUUGUUCAAACCUCAGCGUUUAAGAAUUGAAGCAGAAGAUGGCCAGGAUUCAGAUGUGCAACACACGCCAGCUGAAAGUGGUAGGACUACUGAAAGUGGGAAUGGGGGAAAACAAGUUGGUGGCAAAUGCUCACAAGAUAAUAAUGGAAAAAUGUCAACACAAUAUAUUGAUGUUGAUGCUUGUGAAGAUAGUGAUAACCAAAUCUCCCCCAAAUCACCAUCAUCUGGGUGCAAGAAGCAUGGUGAUGAUGAAACUUCCCUUGCAUGCUCAAAAGAGCAAAGGAUCAACAAUGAUUCAAAGAAUCAACAGGAACUUGAGUCUCAUGACAAGACAUGUGACAAAGAUUUACAAGGGACCUCUACUUCCAAGGUUAGAAAGACAUGCCAAGAAGCUGGUGUUAUGGAGGAUACAGAAAACAAUAAUGCAAAGUUUGUAGAAUUUUGGGUUCCUGUUCAGAUAUCAAACUUGCAGCUUGAACAGUAUUGUUCUACUCUACUUUCUGAUGCAAUGGCUCUUCGUUCAGGCUCAAAAAGUGAUAGUGUUGAGGCUCUUCAUAACAUUCUUAAAUCCAACCGCAAGUGUUGUAAUCACCCAUACACAGCAGAUAAAGAUCUUCAAAAAUCAAUUACAAAGGAUCAACCAACUAUGAUUUAUGACAUUGGUCUUAAAGCAAGUGGCAAACUUCACUUUCUUGACCUAAUUCUCCCCGAGGUCAAAAAACGCCAACUAAGAGUUGUCAUCCUUUUUCAGCCUAUAGUUCCUGAAAGAGUUACCACUGAAAGCAAUACUCCUCCCGUUACACUUGGCGACAUUUUGGACGAUUUUGUCCAUCAAAGAUUUGGUGAAGACUCUUACGAACGUGUGGACGGGGCCCGCAUGGCUCAAAAAUCAAAACAAGCAGCUUUUAACAGCUUCAACAAUAAUCCAAAUAAAUUCAUCUUUUUACUAGAACGCUCCAAUCAACCAAGCAUCAAAUUAUCAUCAGUUGACAUUGUAAUCAUAUUCGAUAGUGAUCUCAAUCCAGCAAACGAUAUUCGAAAAUUAUCAAUCGAUUCAGAUUCACAACAAAAACAGAUAAUGAUUUUUCGUUUGUAUUCCAAGAACACACUCGAAGAAAAGAUUUUAAAACUCGCUCAACAGAAUGUUGCUGUUGAUAGUAAGCGGAGUAGGUUGACUUGUGAUGCUUUGUUAAUGUGGGGAGCCAAAGAUUUGUUUAAAAACUUGGAGAAGUUUCAUGGUGAAUCUGGAAAGGAUAUUUCAUCUCAAGGAAACUUGUUGAAGGAUGUAAUGGAGGAGUUUUUGUAUAUAAUUUCCAACAAAGGUAAAAAUAAGGAUGGAGAAAAGUCAAUGAUCACCAAAGUUCAAACCUGUGGGUAUUAUGGGAAUAGAAAUAUGCCCUAUGGUGAUAUUAAAAAUCAGCUGCCUGAUGGAGAACAGCCACAUAUUUUUUGGAGAAAUUUAUUAGAGGGAAAAUACCCUCAAUGGAAAUUUGUACAUGUGUCAACUUCAAGACAAAGGAAAAGAACACAAUAUUAUGGUGAAACAUCGGACACAAUUGCCCCUGUUGCUGAUGCUGUAAAGAAGCGGAAGAAGUCUCCUGCUUCAAGGCCUGUAGAAUGGGGGACUGGAGGGGCAUAUGAAGGUGGCAAUAACGAGUCUCAAUCAUCUCCUGAGCUUCUACAUCCCACUGUGCAUGAGCUUUGUAAAAUCCUAAAGUUUCCGGAGGAUGUCAAGAACAAAGUGGAUGGAUUUCUCGAUUUUGUUCUCAAGAAUUAUAAUGUCAGUAGGGAGGAUACAACUACUCUACAGGCAUUCAUGAUAUCAUUGUGUUGGAUUGGGGCUUCUCUUGCAAAACAUAAAAUUGAUAGAAAAGAGUCUUUUGACCUUGCAAAAAAGCAAUUGAAUUUUGAUUGUAAGGAAGAACAGGUGAAUUCUGUUCACUUGAAGCUUGAAGAAGCUAAAGAGGAUUUCUUAAACCAAACAGAAACACAAGAGAAACAUGUUGAAAUAAAAGAUUUAAAAUCGCCACCUCAAGCUAUCUGCACAGAGUCAAAGUCAACCGACCAGAAAACGUCAACUGAAAGUCAACAGAAUCAAAAUGUUGAAGUAUCAGUUGCAGAAAAUUUAGAAUCUACCGAAAAGCUAAGUGAAGAGAUGGAGGAGUUUAAUAGGGAAUGGAAUGACAGAAGGGCAUGUUUGGAAAAUGAGUACAAAGUGGAGAAAGCUAUUAUUCGUACUGUGCAUAAGAACCCUUCCAAAAGAACAGAGAAGUUAAGAUUAUUAGACAAAGAAUUUGCGAAAAAAAUUGAAGAACAUGAAAGAGAUAAAGAUAUUCACCUCAAAGAGCUCAAGUCAACACUCCUUGCUGCUGACGUGGAUGCUGAUGUGGCAGCUAAACCUGAAACAUCAGUUUCUGUUGGGAAUCCGGGUGAUAAAAUGACUGAAGCGCCCUUGGAAUUGGAUGGCGGUAGGGUUCAGGAUCAAUCCAAAGAAAGGGGUAGUUUGGGCAUAGGUGAUGACAUCGAGUCAACAGGUUCGCAUACCUCGGAAAAACAAAUGGUUGAUGCAACGGUGUUGUCGUCAAGUGUAGUAGAAGCAGAAGUAGAAGUAGAAGUAGAAGUAGAAGUUCCGCCAUGUCAGCAUGAGACUGUUGAUGAUGUGGCGGGGGUAGUAAAUGAAGAAAUUCCAGCUCAGGAAGGUGAUGGAAUUGGCAAUGAUGUUGAAUUAGUGGAAGCUGAUUUGAACCAAGAGAAGAAUAGUAACGGAGAUGGUAAUGGUGCUGAGGUGGCGGAUCGUGUUGAUGACACUGGUGAAACGGGAGUGCCAGGUGGCGAUGAAAUCCGAGAACAUGAAGAAGAUAGGACCCAAAAACAUGAUGAAUCACAUGCUGUUGAGGACCAAGAACAGAAUGAUUCGUGUGGUUCCAGUAGCAGCAAUCAACUGUCUGCAGGUGUACCACAUGACGAUACACCCUCAGUUCAGUUGGUUGCUUCUCAACCUCCGGAUCCUCCAAUGCCAACAAUUUUGGAAACUGAAAACGAGUCUCUUCUAGAACAACUGUUAGACCUUGGAAUUCAAGAGAAAGAAGCGCAAGGUGAUCCUAAUUCAUCUGCCCAGAUCAAUUCAGAAGAGCAGCCUCAUGAUGAUCCAAUGGCUGAGAAUCAAACCGAUACGCAGCCAGCCAAUGAAACCACUUGUGAGAAUGACGUAAACGCCCCUGAUACAGUAAAUGACCAACAAACUGGGCAACAAGAACAAGUACAAGUUUCUACACAGAAUUCAAACCCACCAGAAAUCACAAAUCAGAACACAUCACAGCCUAUAAUAAACCUGUUUGAUCUUCCUAACCAAGUGGCUCCACGGAUACCAAAUCAGGGUGAUCCACUUCAAGCUGAACUGGAGCGGUUAUUUGCCCAUAGAGAUAAUGUUACAAAGUUUUAUGAAGAAACGAAACAAAGGAUGAAAUCUGAAUGUGAUAAGGAAAUAGCUGAUAUGAUUGCUCAAAUAACUCUAAAAUAUGAAGCAAAGUUUAAAGGAGCAGAAGAAGCCUUUCAGUUAAGAAAGAAGGAACUUAAUAUAACGGUUAACAGAGUUGUUAUGAAUAGAAUUUUAGCCGAGGCUUUCAGGGCCAAGUGUCAAGAUAUCAAUCAUUCUGGGCUAGGAAUGCCGAAAGUGUCUCAAGCUGGAUUAAUGCAACAACUCCAUAGAUUCUCAGUAAGACCUUCCGUUGGUGUUGUUUCAUCUUCACCUGGUCAAUCAUCUGGACGACAGCAGACACCACCACCACCACCGCCACCGCCGCCACCAUCAUCACUGCCGCCUCCUCCACCACCGCCACCGCCACUUCAAAUAGUUCACCAACCGGCAGCUCUUUUCUCCAACACAGUAAUCAGACCACCACCACCUACCAUCAACCCAGUGACCCCGGUUAGCAGACCACCACCUAACAUCAACCCAAACACUAGACCGCCGCCUACAAUCACCCCAGUCACCCCCACCACCGCCACCAGACCACCACCCAACAUCACCCCCAUCACCCCAUCAGCAGGAAGUCUACGUGGCUCGGCCCCACAUCUUCGUCCUUUAGUAAACAGUGAUAUUCGUUCCCCGGCCCCACAUAUUCGACCUUUGGUAAACAGUGAUAUCCGAGCCCCGGCCCCACAUCUUCGACCUUAUAAACCUUCCACGUCAGCAUCUCCUGAAUUGACACCCUAUCGGAGGAUGGUGCCGGUGCCAGUGCCAGAUCAGCAUGUAACAACCCCCCCAAAUACCCGACCGCCACUCCCACCGCUACCUCCGGAAGCUUCUUAUGUUCCACCGCCACCACCACCAAGUGGAGGAGGGGCUCAGUAUAACUUAGUGGACCUAACUGAUAUCUUUCCGGAGGAUAAUGAGAAACCACCACCACCACCACCACCACCAAGUGGAGGAGUGGGUCAUGACCUGGUUUGCUUGUCGGAUGAUGACUAGACUAACUAUAUUUAUAUAUAUCUUUUGUAAAGAAUGUGCGUAUAGUUGUAAUGGGCAAUGGCCAAUUCUAUUCCAGAGGAGUUCAAAUCAAAUGUUGUAAUUUUUUUUUUUUGAAAUUUUGUUUUGGC